CACAACCCCGACCUCCUUCAGGUGAAGAAGAGUAACGAUGAUGCGAAUGGAGAUCGCGAAGCUGAACUUUCUCAGUUGUUCUCCGAAGAAGAUGAAGUGAAGAUAUUUUUUGAGACGUUGGAUGAAGAAUUGGAUAAAGUGAACGAGUUUUACGGAAAUAGAGAGAAUGAGUUUGUGGAGAGAGGGGACAGUCUGAAGGAGCAGCUCGGAAUUCUGCUGGAAUUCAAGCGGAUUCAUGAGGAUCGCCGCCGUAAAACUUCGCCGCCGGGAACUUUCUCCCGUUCCUCCUCCUUCUCUCCCCGUCACUCCAAUUUUUCCGAGAACACAGAGUCAGGAGAAGUAACGGAGACGGAGGAAGCGAUCGCGGCGCUGGAAAGGCACGGGGUGACGUUCGUAAACGGCGGCGUGAGAGGGAAGACGAAGAAGGGGAAGCCGAAGAUGGCGCUGCGGUUGGAGAUUCCGGCGACGACGCCGACGCGGACGAUCUCAGCGGUGAUGGGGAUGCUGUGGGAGGAUCUUAUAAACAACCCCAAAAAGGACGCGGCCGGCGACUCCAUCAACCGGAAGAAGAUCCAGUGGGCCGAGAAGAUGAUCCGCGGCGCCUUCGUUGAGCUAUACAAAGGCCUCGCCCUCCUCAAAACUUUCACUUCCCUCAACAUGAAGGCAUUUGUAAAGAUUCUCAAGAAAUUCGACAAGGUGGCGAACCAGAAGGCGUCGCCAAGGUAUCUUCAAGAGGUGAAGAGAUCACCCUUUAUGAGCUCCGAUAAGGUGGUAAGACUGAUGGACGAAGUGGAAUCCAUAUUCACACAGCACUUCGCCAGCAAUGACAGGAAAAAGGCAAUGAAAUAUUUGAGGCCUCAGCAGCCUAAAGAUUCCCACUUCGUCACCUUCUUUGUUGGUCUGUUUACAGGUUGCUUCGUGUCAUUGUUUAUUGUGUACGCAACAUUGGCUCAUUUGUCUGGUGUCUUUUCUCGUCCAAAUGAAGUUUCUUAUAUGGAUGCUGUCUAUCCUGUUUUCAGCAUGUUUGCACUCCUAAGCUUGCACAUGUUCAUGUACGGUUGCAAUUUGUUCACGUGGAAACAUGCGAGGAUCAAUUACAACUUCAUUUUCGAGUUUCACUCCAAUACUGCCCUCAAGUACCGUGAUGCUUUUCUUAUAUGCACCACCAUCAUGACUGCUGUGGUUGGAGCUCUGGUCGUUCAUUUGAUUUUAGGACUCACUGGCUUCUCACCUGCCCAAGUUGACUCCAUUCCUGGACUUCUUCUUCUCAUUUUUGUUGUCCUUCUCGUAUGCCCAUUUGACAUAUUCUACCGCCCGACACGCUACUAUUUCAUCCGGGUGUUUCGUAACAUAAUUUUCUCUCCUUUUUACAAGGUUCUGUUAGUUGACUCUUUCCUGGCAGACCAACUAACAAGCCAGAUCACUCUGCUGAGGCUCAUGGAAUCCGCCAUCUGCUAUUUCUUUGCGGGAACCUUUGGCACGCAUCGAAGCGAAAUCUGUAAAUCUGGGAGAUUAUACUGGGAGUUGGCUUACCUUAUCUCAUUUUUGCCUUACUAUUGGCGUGCAAUGCAGUGUGCAAGAAGAUGGUUUGACGACAAUGACUUGGACCAUUUGGCUAACAUGGGCAAGUAUGUGUCAGCCAUGGUGGCGGCCGGUGCCAGGCUUACAUAUUCUCAGCAAGACACCCGCUUCUGGUUCAUAGUCGUCUUGGUCACUUCCUUUGUAGCCACAGUCUAUCAGUUGUACUGGGAUUUUGCAAAGGAUUGGGGAAUUCUCAAUCCGAAAUCCCGAAAUCCAUGGCUCCGAGACGAACUCAUCUUGAAGAACAAAGGCGUCUACUACCUCUCAAUUGUACUGAAUGUGAUCCUAAGAGUUGCUUGGGUGGAGACCGUCUUACAAUUGCACAAAUUGCACAUUAGAAGUGUCGAGUCGAAACUACUAGACUUUCUGUUGGCUUCAUUGGAGGUUAUUCGACGCGGGCAUUGGAAUUUCUACAGAUUGGAGAAUGAACAGUUAAACAAUGUCGGAAAAUACAGAGCUGUAAAGACAGUUCCCCUACCAUUCCGUGAUGCUGACUCCGAUGGCUAAGRCUGAUCAUUCUUGAAUGUAUGGGGCUGGUCCCUAACAAAGCUCGCAUGGAGAGGAUGAUGGUAGUCAAUCAUAUUAUACUGAAGUAUAAUUUGAGAUCUGUCUCAUUCAUCCAAUUGUUCUAAUCUACACUUGUGAAGGUACAAAGUGUAAUUUCCGACGCAUGGUCCCAAGCGACAACAUUCUCGCUCGGCACCUCGACACAUUGUAAUUUGAUUGGUAUAAUGUAAUGUAAUUCUAUUAUCUCGAACCGUAAGUAA